CUUUGUCGAAAGCCUCGCGUGGCCUUAAACCUCAUAAACCCCCUCAUCACUCACUGGCCGACUCUUUCACCAAACGCAUUUCCCUGGUUUCCAUGGCAGCCCUCAGGCUCAGGCUUCUCUCAGAGGCUCGCCGCCAUUGCCUCUCUGCACCUCCCUUUCAUCUCCGCCCUCCUCUAUCUCUCUCUUUCCACAGACUCCUCUCCUCCGAAUCAGACCCCAAUUCUUCCCCUGCAAAAGAUUCAUUUCCGAGAAGAUCUGCCGGCUCCGUUCCAAUACAACCGGUCUCCUACGUCGUCAAACCCAAAGAACACUCCCCGCCGCCCUCCGAGGAGUCUCCGCCACCGCCUCCCGAGGCUGCCCAACGGCUUCGCGGGCCGCGCGACUCGGCGGGCGAGGAAGUCCGGUCCACCUGGACCCGCGAGGACGUCCGGUUCGUCAAGGACGCGCCGUCAAUCGCUCCAGUCUCUUACCCGACGCGCGUCGCGCCGCUGCCGGAGGACAGGGGCUCUCCGGCCUCAGACGCCACCGCAAGCGAGAGUGAGGAGAAGCGGCGGAUCGAGAGGGCUACUCUGCCGAGGAGGAGACCCUCAUUUUCUAGGGCUGCGCUGGAGACGGCGGGGGAGGAGAAACUGGUGGUUCCCUUCCCGACGCUGAUUAAGGUCGAGAAGAAUGAGAGGAAGCCUAUUCUUGAUUUGAUGGAGGCAAUUCGGCAAGUCAAGGCUAGUGCCAAGUGCAAUUUUGAUGAAACAGUUGAAGCACAUGUAAAAUUGGGUGUUGAUGCGAAGCGAGUGGGAAAGGGAGUUCGUGGUAGCAUGGCUCUACCUCAUGGAAGCGGGAAGGUUGUGAGGGUUGCAGUUUUUGCUGAAGGGAAACAUGCAGAUGAAGCUAGAGCAGCAGGAGCUGAUAUUGUUGGUGGAGUUGAACUUAUGGAAGAAAUUGCUAGCAGUAACAAGCUCAAUGUUGACAAGUGUUUUGCAACAACUGAAAUGAUCCUGCGUAUGGGAAAGAUUUCGAGGAUUCUCAGAGAGCGUGGUCUUUGGCCUGACCGUAAACUAGGUACUGUGACAAAUGAUAUUUCGGAGGCACUGAACAAAGUAAAACAAGGUCACAUUGAAUUUAGAAUGGACAAAACAUCAAUCGUCCAUGUGGGAGUUGGGAAGGUGAGCUAUUCAGAGGAGUAUAUUCGUGAGAAUAUUGGUGCAUUCGUGAAUGCUCUUUUGCAAGCAAAGCCCGUUGGCUUAAAAAAGACAUCUAAAUAUGCGGGGUAUAUCAACUCCUUCCAUGUAUGUAGCACGAUGGGCCCCGGAUUCCCUGUUUCAGUACAAUCAAUAUCCAAAGCUGCAGAUCACUACAACAAAGUGUACCUUAAAUGAUGCAUCUGUUUCCCUUUGGAGCUGACAAUUCCAGCAUAGAUUAGCCUUCGGUUGGGUUUUCUUUAAUUAUUAUUAUUUUUGUAUUUGUGAUUGUUUUUGCCCUUGUAGGAAUUAUAUAAAGGGCACUUUUUAAAGAGACCUUUAACAACUAAAAGAAAGGUGCCUCCCUGGAGCAAGGUGUUUUCUUUGUUUCUGCCUCCCACCCCCUUGGAGUCUAUACAUUACAAGCAAUAACAAUUAUGGUUUGGCCUUGGACUACAAUUUGAAAACACCAAA